AAGCUCAUGUAUUGCAUGAAUUUUGUAGAGGGGUGCCUUUCCAAUGUGUAGAACUCCAAAUGGGUUGAUUUUUUUGCCCUUGACGUUUAAGCUUCCUAUAUCAACACAGUUAGAAGAGGUUGAUGUGAUUCUCCAUAAAGCAACUGAUGAAAUUGUGUCGAUUGAAUUAAACAGCUCCUCAGAACCUUCCUACAGAAUUGCUUUCACAACAGGAAUGCAGGAACUGCAAAGGAAUAUUGAAAAUCACAAUAAUUGCUUUGAAGUUGAUCCACUUAAUAGCAUUUACCCUGUUUUGGAUCGGUUAAAGAUCCAACAAAUUCUACUUGGUCUGGAGGAUCUCAAUUCAGGAGGACGCUGCAAAGUCAGGGCCCCUCACUUUCUCAAGGUUGACAGGUUUGAUGAACCUGAUUUGGUACAACGACUACGUGAUUCAAAACUCUCUGUUCCAAGUAUAGUGAAACCUCAAGUUGCCUGUGGUGUAGCUGAUGCUCACAGUAUGGCAAUUGUCUUUAGAGUUGAAGAUUUCAAGGAUUUGAGUGUUCCACUACCUGCUGUUGUUCAGGAAUAUGUUGAUCAUUCAUCCACUUUGUUCAAGUUUUAUGUUCUGGGUGAGAGAGUUUUCCAUGCAGUAAAGAAGUCUACUCCUAAUGCUGACAUUUUGAUGAAAUCAUCUGAAAUUAAUGGUCUCAGACCUCUUCUAUUUGAUAGCUUAAAAUCUCUACCUACCGGCACUGGAAACCAGCAUUCUGGAGGUCAGGAUCUGUGUCUUGAUCUUGCACUAGUAAAAGAGGCUGCUGAGUGGCUUUCAAGGAGGCUUGGUCUUACCAUCUUUGGCUUUGACAUUGUUAUUCAGGAAGGUUCAGGGGAUCAUGUGAUUGUGGAUGUCAACUACCUGCCAUCAUUCAAAGAAGUUCCUGAUGAUACGGCAAUUCCUGCCUUCUGGGAUGCUAUUAAAAAGAAGGUUGAUUCAAAAGCAAUGAAGCAAGCAAGUGUGGCCUCCUCCCAUGGAAUGUAAAGCGGGUGCGAGAUAAGAAAUGCGGUUGGUGUCCAAUAAGAAAAUGAAAGACAACGUCUUGGGAGAUGAAUGAGAUGUUUUCCGACAAUAAGCUUGUAGUUCUUCACAUGUCCAUGUGUUUUAGGUGUGGUGCAUCAUGCAUGUGAUGUGAGGCCAUAAUCUUACUAUCUCGACAGUUUUGGGUUUCUUCUCUUGUUCUGAUCGAAGCUAGUACUACUUACCUUGCUGCCAUGUGAGUAGUUGAAGUGGGAAACCAUUAAUAAAGCUUUUUUUCUUAUGGAAACCAAAUCCAGCAUACUAUAUCCUACCUUUUGUUUCUUUCUUUGUUUUUAUAAGUGACACUAUUUAUUCUCAUUAAAUGCAUUAAUCUCUUGUGUUGGAUUUUA